AUGUUCUUGGACCUCGACAUGGAGCGCAUGAAUAAGGUAUUCCUUCCCGGAAUCAAGGGGAGCACCUACUUGGAGGAAAUCUUCAGACACAUUGAGCUGGAAUUCUUUGUCUUCUUCUUGUCGAUGGAUGCAGAGGGGCUGAACGCGUCCGCUGUGCAUAUUGGUGCUAUUUUUGGUAAUGGUUAUGUGACUCGAGAACCGACUCUGGCCCAGCCGGAAUUCUUACCCAAGGUUGGUAAUCUCUGGCUAUCAGAGCAUGACUUCUGCUGGCUUUUUGCGAAAGCCCUGUAUGCUCGACAGCAUCAAUGGGGAUGUCGUCACGAGUUAUCUACUGGGUUGAAGAUCAUCGACAACGAUGAGUCGCAAGUGAUCACCUGGUUUAACAACCCCAUGUUUCAGCAUUGCAUUAAGAAAACUGGAAGGACAGAACUUGUUGCUGAGGGCUCCACAUCCUGGGCUCCUGUUAAAGUGCGCCUGUUAGAAGCCGUUAGUCUGGCGGAUGUGCAUGACAUAAUCUUAGUGGAGGAUGAUCGACCAAUUGCCGGUCUGACGGCCGACACGCUGGGGAUUGACUCUCUGGUUGCGCUAGACAUCCGGUCGUGGUUUAUCAAGGAAUUACACGUCGAAAUACGUGUUCUCAAGAUCUUGAGUGGAGCGACAGUGGACGAAAUCCUUGUCCAGGCCCAGGAACUGCUCCCUAAAGAAUUAACGCCAAAGCUGGAUCCAAACGCAUCAUCGAAGCCUUCGAAGCCCAAGCAGACAGUCCAGCAACCACAGCAUUCCAACAAAUCUGGUAUGGCACAAAACGACUUCAGCAACUCCGCAUCAGUCGCGAGUCAACAGUUGCCAGUAGCUGAAGACAAUGCCUCUACACUAGGGCACAGCACACACGGUCGGCAUGAGAUUGAUCUGCCUGCAGCGACGCCUUCUCCUGACGCGACCAAGUCUGUGAGCUCAGUUAGCGUAGAAAAUGUAUCGGAGAAUUCAGACUCUUCCCUGCAGGAAUCUGCAACAAUUGAUCUGAGCACAGACAGCAAACAUCGUCCUGAUCAAGACGUUCUAGUUUCCAGCAUGUCGUCCUCUUCGUGGUCCGAGAUCGAUGAAUCGGAAGGGAAGACAGAGCUCUCCUCCUCAAAAUCGUCCAUAACUACCAGCCACAUCAUCCCCAUGACCAUAGCCGUGGAGCCUAAGAAGAGUGUCCCCAUUUCAUUUGCUCAAUCCAGGUUUUGGUUCUUGAGACACUAUCUCGAAGAUCCACCCACAUUCAACAUAACGGUUUCUAUUCGCCUUGACGGCCCCUUAAGAGUGGAUGAUUUUGCGCGUGCUUUCAAGUCAUUGGACAGCCCAUCAGGCUUUGCGUACGCGGUUUGUCACCGAUGA